AUGUAUGGGUUGGCAACUAUAACAACUUUUGGAGUUGCUCUCAUGGGUACAAUUCCUGCUGAUAUAGUUUUGCGCAAUAAAGAUGAAACUCAUUAUUUUAAUACUACGACUGGCGAAUAUUUAGGUACAAGCCUAAAUGCAGCAAUAACAGCUAAAGCCAAUGCAGAAGCGAGAGCUAGAGCCGAUGCAGAAGCGAAAGCUAGAGCUGAUGCAGAAGCUAGAGCUAGAGCCGAUGCAGAAGCGAAAGCUAGAGCCGAUGCAGAAGCGAAAGCUAGAGCCGAUGCAGAAGCGAAAGCUAGAGCCGAUGCAGAAGCGAGAGCUAGAGCCGAUGCAGAAGCGAAAGCUAGAGCCGAAGCAGAAGCGAGAGCUAGAGCCGAUGCAGAAGCGAAAGCUAGAGCCGAUGCAGAAGCGAGAGCUAGAGCUGAUGCAGAAGCUAGAGCUAGAGCCGAUGCAGAAGCGAGAGCUAGAGCCGAUGCAGAAGCGAAAGCUAGAGCCGAUGCAGAAGCGAAAGCUAGAGCCGAUGCAGAAGCGAGAGCUAGAGCUGAUGCAGAAGCUAGAGCUAGAGCCGAUGCAGAAGCGAAAGCUAGAGCCGAUGCAGAAGCGAAAGCUAGAGCCGAUGCAGAAGCGAAAGCUAGAGCCGAUGCAGAAGCUAGAGCUAGAGCCGAUGCAGACGCGAAAGCUAGAUCCGAUGCAGAAGCUAGAGCUAGAGCCGAUGCAGAAGCGAGAGUUAGAGUCGAUGCAGAAGCGAAAUCUAGAGCCGAUGCAGAAGCGAAAUCUAGAGCCGAUGCAGAAGCGAUAGCUGAUGCAGAAGCGAUAGCUAAAGCCGAUGCAGAAGCCAAGGUUAUAAAUUUUAUAUCAGAAGGAUACAAUUUCGUACUUGAGUGCUUUGAACUCAUGAUAACAUCAGAAAGAACAGAUAUCGAGUUAACGUCACUUAAAGAGAAAUUAGAGCUUAUGAUGGACACAGAGUACGGAGAAGAUUCUGCCAUAGUCAAUCGAUUUCUUGUAGUAUCAUUAAGAAUUGCCAGAUUGAAAUUGAGAGAUCAAUUAAAUUCAAUUGUGGAAGAUAAAAAUGACCUGAGAGCUGCAAUUAUAAACCUGAUUGGGAGCGAAAUCGAGGUAUUACGAGCACUGAAUAUUACCGAUCCGAAGUUGCGCCAAGAAUUACAAUCAUUAGAGGAACAACUAAUGGAUGAUGAGGAUGACGAAGGGAAUGAUGUUGAUUUGGAAUCAAUCGCAGUUAGAGUAGAGGAAAUCGAGGAAGAAAUAGAGAAGGCAGCUUGUAGUACAAUAGUACAGUUGGAAUAUGGUAGGAAUUAA